AGUGUUUCGCCAGCAAGAGCUCACUGUCUUCAUGAUGAUCAUGAUCUCUCUGCUCCUGCUGGCCUCUCUGCUGCCACACCUGACCUUCACCGCUCGUGUGAAUGUGGGUAUAGUGAAUGGCACAGAAGCAAAACCCCACUCCAGACCUUACAUGGUUUCUCUUCAGAAGUACAAGAAACAUAUCUGUGGUGGAUUCCUCAUCUCUGAUGAGUUUGUCUUGACUGCUGCACAUUGCUGGAAAGGAUAUCCAGAGAUUCUGACGGUUGUGGUUGGUGCUCAUGACUUCAGGAAGAGUGAGGAUUCAUACCGUGUCGAAGUGAAGUCUUACAUCUCACAUCCACACUAUACAUUCUGUUCACUUCAGAAUGACAUCAUGCUUUUGAGGCUACAUGAAAAGGUCAAACUAAACAACAAUGUUACCUGGAUAUCAUUACCGAAAGAAUGUGAAGAUGUCAAGAUGAAUACUCUCUGUAGUGUUGCGGGUUGGGGAAGACUGUGGAUGAAAGGCCCAUCAACUGAUCGUCUAAUGGAGGCAAACACAACUACAAUAAAAAACAAAGUGUGUAAAUGUAAAUGGGGAUCCGAUUUCCAAGCCUCGCAGAUGAUCUGUGCACAUGGUGAUGGAGGGUCCUGCAUAGGAGAUUCAGGAGGUCCCUUGGUUUGUGGAAACACUGCAGUUGGUGUGACAUCUUUUGUGGACAUUAAAGGCUGUAAUUCACCUGAGCGUCCUAAUGUGUAUACUAAGAUUUCAGCAUAUCUUCCAUGGAUCCACCAAAUCAUAAGAAAUAUUAAGUGAAUUAAUUAAAAAAAUGUAAAAUUUAAAAGUUAUGUUUUUCUUGAAUUCUGCUGUAAAUCUUUCAAUA